UAUUUCAUUAGUUUGAUUACGCUGAUUUUUUUCUGACUUGAUAGUCUGAUAUAAAUGUAUUUGGCAUUGAAAUUUUUUUUUAUGAAUUCAAAUGAAUCUAUCUAAUAUAUAAUCAUGAUAAACUCCUGAUCGCGUGCUCAAUUCAAAGUUUGAAUUCAUUAUUGAACAUUUUACUGGGUUUUUUAUAUUUGUGAAAAUGAAGUGUGACUAUAAAAUUAUUUAACCAAACGAUGUCGAACAAACAACGUUGUGAUCAGCCAAUUUCUCUUUGUUGGAAAAAUUUACGCUAUGAAGUCGAUGAAUGGCGUAUGGUCGACGGUUGGAAACCAAGACGCAAACGAAAAGUGAUCCUCAACCGUCUUAAUGGUUCAGUGCGAUUGAACAGUCUGAAUGCAUUGCUCGGACCUUCUGGUGCCGGCAAAACUUCGCUGAUCAAUUGUCUCAUCGGCAAUGUUCCAGCCAAGAAUAUUUCGUCCGACACAGAAAUUUAUAUUAACAGCGAGACAAUGGCAAAUUCAUUGGUCAGUUUUGUGCCACAAUUCGUCCAUGAGAUCAUUUUGGGACGUUUCACAGUGCUCGAGACUUUGUAUUAUGCAUUCUGCUUCAAGAAUCCUGCUCACAAUCACGGUCGAGCGUAUCAACACAUCCAGUCAACGAUCCAAGAAUUGAUGUUGAACCCAAAAGUGUUGCAAACACGUUUCGAAAAUUGCUCUGGUGGCGAACAACGUCGAGUGGCCAUCGCUCAAGAACUGAUGUCGAUCGAAUCGAAGCCACCGUUUUUGUUUGUCGACGAACCGACCACCGGUUUGGACAGUGAGUCAGCAUUAGUGGUAAUGAAGUGUCUACAGCGAUUGUCCAAGCAGAAUGGCAUCACAGUCAUUGUCUCAAUCCACGCUCCUAGUUCGGACAUAUUGAAUAUGUUCGAUCAACUGUACAUUAUAGCCAAGGGAGGUGUUUGCAUUUAUUCUGACCAACCGGAUCUAUUACGGCCACAUUUGAAUCGAGUCACAGGUAUCGCAUUGAAUGAAGAUGAUUCUCCGAUUCAAGAAUAUCUUCGUAUCGCUAGCAAUGGUAUCAAUGAUGAUCAAGUGAGGAAGUUGGCUCAAGAAAGUGUCCAAAAAGACCAUCGACGACUGACAUCUCAUAUCAACAAAUUAGACGGAAAUGAAUGCCCAUUCGAAUCGAUUCCAAAGGGUCUUCCUCAUUAUUCAAGAAAAUUCCGCUUCUUUGAUCUUUGGACACAAGUCAAACGUCUACUGUGUUUUACAUUCAUUGCUGAUGUCCGAAUCCUGAUUGGUGUUAUUCUGUUGAGCGCAUUUGCCAUUUUUUUAAAUACUUCAAUCACAAAUAAAGAUAUGUUACUUCCCCGAGGAUGUCUACCAUUCGAUAUUGACAAUCUUAAUCUAACUUGUUCAGAUAAAUUAAAAGAAGAUCGGUUAAUUGGAACAUUCAUCAUGCUAUUAAUGAUGAUGUUAAUGUUGAUUAUAUCACUCAGUAUUGGAAUGUAUUCAGUGAUGGCUAUCAAUUUUAUGAAAGUUCUUCGAUUCGAAUAUCGUAAAGGUUGGUACAGCUAUUCAUCAUUAAUUCAUCCACUCUAUGUGAAUGAUAUGAUUACAUCAGUUUUCUUAAUCAUUGUAUCUAUAAUAAUCUUCUACGUAAGUUCCGGUAUCAUAUAUGUUGAUCAUUAUCGUAUUAAUUGGCAUCGAUUUGGAACAGCAUUUUCAUUUGUCUCAGUUGUAUUUUUAUAUGCACAAUCAUUUGGUUAUUUAUUGAUCGCCACUUGUAUUGAUCAAAAUGAAUUACUCAUUCUUCUUUGUCAAGUUUUUGUGGUUAUUUUAAAUUUUUCAAAUGGACUGAUGGUUAUGUUUGAUCUUAUGGGUAAACCAAUGGAUAUUGCUGUCUCUCACAUAAUUGCAACUCGUUAUAUAGCUGCUGGAUUUUUAUAUUCAUUCUAUGGUAUUGAUCGUUGUGAUCCACGAACAGAAUAUUCACAACUACUAAAACAAUUUUUUGUUGACCAAGAAAAUGUUUAUUCGAAUCUCAAGUAUACUGUGAUUGCAUUAUUAGUGGUUCGAAUCAUAUCUGCAGUGUUGAUGCGUUGGACAUUUAGAAAUGUUAACAAUGGAAAAAUCGUAUCGAAAAAGAAAAUGGAAACCUUGGCGAGAAUCCUAACACCUUCAAUUGAAAUUGAUUUCCAUGAAAAGUCUACUUCUGUCCAGAUGGUCGACAGUAAUAAUAACUUUGAAGUUGAUUUGCCCAACGAAAAUGAAUUUCAACAAUUUUGUAAUGGCCGUUAUAUUAUCGGAUGGCGUCACUUGACAUUGUUCGCUACUGAUACCAUCUAUGAGGUGCGUCCGACACCUGAAUUGCUGGAUGAUUUUGGAGAGGAGUUAAUACUACGGAAUCUCAGCGGACAAUUUCAGUUUGGAACAUUGAAUGCAAUCAUGGGCAGCUCCGGUUCGGGCAAAACGUCGCUGUUGAAGGUUUUCAAUGGGAAAAUGAAAACCAAACUGACCGGUUCGACACAAUUCUAUCUCAGUCGUUUCGUAGCAAUUCGAACUUGCUAUAUCAACCAAGAAGUGUCAAAUCACCUGAUACCUGGUUUGACGAGCAAACAAAGUUUGGUUUAUGCUUCUAAAUUGAAAAAUUGUCACGAAACACAAACAAUUGACCAUGAACAAGUGGCAAGCAAACUUCUCGAUGAAUUAGACAUGGCCAACACGGCCAACACCAUGGUGCAGAAUUGCUCUGGUGGAGAAAGAAAGCGACUGGCUCUGGCGAUGGAACUGACAUCAGUUCGAAUGCCCAAUCUGAUCAGUAUCGAUGAACCAGUCAGUGGGCUGGAUUCCAAUUCAGCACGGUUGGUCCUUCAAUGUCUUCGUCGAUUCAUUGCUCGACAUCCGGAUAUCACUAUGGUGGUCAGCAUUCACCAACCUAGUACCGAGCAGUUGGACAUGUUUGACCUGUGCUAUGUGCUUGCAUUCGAUGGUCUGGGUAUCUACUCUGGACCUCCAGCCCGAAUCAAAAGCUUUCUCACUGAGGCAUCUUCCAUAGUUGAUGAUAAGCGAUUUCCAAUUGAAUCUCUCAUUCGAUAUUCAUGCACUGGUCACUCGAAUCCCAUCGUACAACGAUUAGCUGAAGAAACCGAUAAUCAAAUCCAUAAAAUCACACCAUCGCUGUUACAGGAUACUGUUCAUAUAAAGGAUGGUGUGCAAUUUCAUCAAAUUCGAUUCUCAUUGCGAUCGGUAGUCGUUUUAUUUUUACGUUUAGCUCAUUGUUCAUUCGGAUAUCAAUGGCCAUUAUGGUUAGCCUACACAUUUAUGUACAUUUUUUUGGCAAGUGUAUUUCGAAGCUAUUACGAUUUAACAAUUACCGAAAUUGAUGCUUGUAUAUCAAUGGAUGAUGAUUUCCAAAGCCACUGUACAAUUGUUAACGAUCAAUCAUGGAUAGAACAUUUACGUCUUGCCAAUAAUGUAAACUAUGUUAUUUCUUCUGGUUUUACAUUUGUUUUUAUAAUGAUACAUCUGAAUUGUCUGUAUUCUAAAUGUUUUAUAUUACUUUUUUCAUUCAUUUUUCUUUCAAUUUUAGGAUGGUAUUCUUGUGGUACCUAUUAUCUAUCGAAAUUGUUAUUUGAUUCAAUAACGAUCAUACCAAUGGUCAUUAUCUUUUUCUAUAUAACCAAUAUCCAUUCACCGGUUACACCAAAUAAUUUUCUUUUCUGGCAAUUAUUCAUUGCAUUUUUAUCAGCAUUAUCCAUUAUGGCCCUGACCAAUAUAAGCAUAAUGUUUUUACAUAAAUCAUUUGUUGGCUUAUUCAUUGUGGUUGGAUUUUCACAAUGCAUUUUUCUAUUAUUAUCAAAUAUUUACAAUGUAAUUGAAGAUAUGAAUUUUAUCGUUCGAUUUUUUUCAUUUUUUUCAAUUUAUCGUUAUCAAUUUCAAUCAACAUUGUGGUUAAUCUAUGGUAGUGAACGUUGUCGUCCGUAUGAAAUACAAGCAUUGAUGUAUAUGUUGAAUAUUCCAACGAAUGAUGAAUUUUUCUAUGAAUGUAUAGUGAAACUAGUUUUAUUGGCCAUAUUUUAUCACACAAUUGCAUUGAUUGUCUUCUGUAUCAAAUACAAUCCAUUAAUCAAUCGACAUGAACGUGCCGAACGAAUUGAACGUUAUCGUAAUGAACGUUUGCUUAAUCAAGAAGAAAAACAUAAAACAAUUUUGUUUAUUUAAUAAAUUUUUUAAAAA